GCUUUCGAGGACGCACAGUGGAAGUGAUUUUGAGGCUGACGCGUUGAGUGAGCGUAUGCACCGUGUUAGCUCAAGAUGUCGAACUCGGAUCGGUGGGAAGAGAACCGAGGAUCUAACGAUGGAGACCGAAGACAGUAUAGGGCGCCAACGUGUUUCAAUUGCCAUGAACCUGGGCACUACGCAAACCAGUGCCCGCAUUGUGACAGACGAUACUAUUCAAGUCGGCCGUCAACUUCUACCAGCUCCGUGAGACCUAGAUCUCCUCGAAGAUAUGAAGCAAGGAGGGCACACUCUCCAACAAGAAAGGACUUCGAAUUACGAGAGAAGUUGGUAGAACUGACACAUGGCGUGGCCAUAAUGAGAGAGCACAUCGAUGCAGAAAAGGCAAAGAAGGAGGCUAAGGCUAGGAGGAAGUUGGAGAGAGAAAGGGAGAAGGAGGAGGAGAGACGCAGAAUGGAGGAGGAGGAGGCUCGGAGAGCAGAGGAAGAAGCUCGACGUGAAGCUAAGCUACAGAAGAAACAGGAGAAGGCCAAGAAGGAGGCUACUGCCAGAGCUGAGAUGAAGAACGAAGUUACCUUACACGCAGCGAUGAUGAUGAGCGAAAUAAAGGAUGAUUGGAUCCGCCAAUGGAAAACUUCGAUGAUGCCGGCCACUGUGGUUGGAAACAAGGAUGAAAAGGGGAAGAAGAGAGUCGAAUAUGGCUCAGACGCAGGAUCAUCUUCCAGAUGCAUUGUGCAUCACCGAGAACGUAAGAGGGAGGAGGAUGUCCCGCUGGAGGGUAGCCCACCAAUGGAGCUACCUCCAAAACGGACUCCACGCAAAGGGGGGAUCAAGAUCACCGAGCCAUGCGAGAGGGUGACGAGAUCUAAAGCGAGGAGGAAGGGUGUCCGUACACCGAUUCCAGCGAAGAGGAAGACACCAGUUAAGACACCGAUCACCAAGACUUUGAAGUCAGCGAAGACGAAGGCCCCGCCAAACGGCCGUAUCACACCAGCGAAUAAGGCGUUAUUGCGACUGCGAUACCGAGACACGAUCAUGAGGGAGUUGAAGGAUUGUGAUGCGGAUGAGUUACAACGCAUCUGCAAAGAGGAAGGACUGCAUUACGAUGGAAAGAUCGAUGCCAUUCUCGACAUUGUCGAGUAUCGCUCCAGGGUACGUUUCGCCGGAGAAGAGAGGGAGGUGGAAGUUAUCCCUGUCUCGGAUUCUACCGAUGCUGGCCCUGAGAAUGUGCCCGAGGGCACUCAGGGGUGAUGUGACAUCACACCGACAAGAUGGUGGGAACUGUGCAGACACAUCACAAGUCUCCGUYGUYCAGCUAGCACYGUUGACCGUA